AUGGCCGCGCUGUACAACCUCGCCGACAAGUCGGCGACCGGCGAGUCGCCGGAGCUCGCGUGGCUGCGCCGCUGCCUGCCCAUCUUCGUGCAGCCCAAGGUCGACCUCGAGAACGAGAACCAUCUGAUCAAGAUUUUGUAUGGGUUCGAGCGCAAUGGCACGACGGGCCAGCUCCACUGCAAGCUCUGUAUCAUCUUUGCGGGCGAGUCGUCGUACAACCGCGGCGACGAGCGCAAGCACAAUGGCUUCGCCACGCUCUUGUACAGGUCCUUCAACCGCCACGCGUACGAGCGCACGGCCGACAUCAACUACCUGGAGUUCCGAGGCGUCGACUUGACGCCGCAGUCGGUCCGGCCUUGGAACAGUAUUUAUACCGGCGACCACUCGGGCAACCAACGGUGGGCUCAAGGCGACAAGCGCAACAUUUGCAACUGGUUCUCGCUCAUGUAUCAUUACCAAAUGGACGUCGUCUUUGAGGAAUGGCUCUGCGAAGGCGCGCGUCCGCGCAUCUACCUCAACACAUGCAACCACAUGGUGGGCGAGGCUGACAACAACCCGAGUCUCGAGAAGCACGACUGGGCCAACUACCCGUUCCAGGCAGGUAACGCCAACGACGCGCUCGCCUGGGUCAAGAACAACGUCCCGACCAAGUUCAACUUGUACUCGUUCUGCUGCUGCUGUUGUGCGCGCAACGGAGCCCCCGGCCACGAAAAGCAGCCGCAGGCACGCGAGAUUGACCACUACGUCCUCUAUGGCGGCGCGACGCCCGUGGACCUUCCGGCGCCUAAGGCGGUCAAGAAGCUCAAGGAGAAGCGCGGGUAUUAA